CAGCAACUCGGCAAAGCGCGCGAGGUGUCUGUCAGCGUGCGUGAACGUGCCUGGUUGUCUUGUGUGUUCCCUUCCCUGUUGGGGUCACCAUGGCCGAACCCAGCAAACGGCAGAGGCUCAGUCACAUUAACAGCAGCUCACAAACUUCGAGUAAAAGCUUAUCGAGCAUUUUCACGGACAGUCAGGACGAAGGACUCGAGGGGGAGGGUCGAUUUGUGGAGGGAUCCAUACUUCGGAUCACCAUGAAGAACUUCCUGACGUACGACUACUCUGUGGUGCAUCCUGGACCUAAUCUGAACAUGAUUGUCGGGGCCAAUGGUACUGGAAAGUCCAGCAUUGUGUGUGCCAUCUGUCUGUGUCUGGCUGGCAAGACAGCUGUUCUUGGCAGAGGUGAUAAGGUUGGGCUCUAUGUCAAGCGUGGUUGCAAAAAAGGCCAUGUUGAAAUUGAACUGUACAAAAGAGGUGGUAAUGUGGUGAUUUUUAGAGAGAUACAUGCGGAGAACAAUCAGUCUCUGUGGAUGUUGAAUGAUCGGCAGUGCAGCCAGAAGGCGGUGGAAGAGGAAGUCAAAGCUUUGCGCAUCCAAGUCAGCAACCUCUGUCAGUUUCUACCUCAGGAAAAAGUGGGCGAGUUUGCCAAGAUGUCCAAAAUAGAGUUGCUGGAAGCAACCGAGAAGUCAGUGGGCCCACCAGAGAUGUAUGAAUACCACUGUGAGCUCAAAAACUUCCGCAAUAAAGAACGAGAACUGGAGAACGUUGUGAAGGAGAAAGCAAGCUUCCUGGAGAAAGCCAAGCAGCGAAAUGAAAGGAAUAAACACGAUGUAAACCGUUACUACGAAAAAAAGAGGCAUCUGGAUGUAAUCGAGUUGCUCGAGAAGAAGAAACCGUGGGUGGAGUACGAGACCACCCGUAAGGAACUUGAGGGUGUGAAGAAGGAGCGCGACGAGGCCAAAAAGCAGCUUUCAAGCCUGAAGCAGACCCAGGCGCCCAUGGUGAAGAAGAUCCAACAGAUUGACGAGCAGCUGAAGCCAACGGAGGCACAGAUAAAGGCUAAGACUGCUGCCAUCAAAGAAGCCUCGCUGAAGUGCAAACAGAAACAAGAUCAGCUGGAUCGAAAAAACAAAGAGAUCGACGAUAUUAAACAAAAAUUCAGACUUAAGCAGAUGGAGGAGGAAGACCACCAGAAGCGAAUCAGCAACACCAGAAGAACCAUCGAAGACCUGAAGGCGGAGCUCGCCAAAGUUGGCGACCAGCCGGAUGUAACCCCGCGCAUCAACGCCGUCAACGCUGAUCUGAGGCGCAUUCAGGAGGAGAGAGCCAAGAUCGAAGGGGAGAAGGGCGACCUGCGCAGGGAGAAGGACAACCUUUGUGCUGAAUCUAGAAUGUUGGAGAAGAAGCUCAACGACAUGAACAACAUGAUGAAUGCCAAAGAGGAGAAGCUGCGAGGACGUCACAGGGACACACACGCUGCCCUCCAGUGGCUCAGACAGAACAAGCAACUCUUUCGUGGAAACGUCCACGAGCCCAUGAUGCUGGUGAUCAAUGUGAAGGAUCACCGCUUUGCUAAGUAUGUGGAGAACCACAUCUCAUUCCACGACCUGCGUGCGUUCGUUUUCCAGAGGAAAGACGACAUGGAGAAGUUUAUGAUCGAGGUCCGUGACAAGAUGAACUUGAAGGUGAACUCCAUCUGUGCUCCGGAGGAGUCAUGUUCUAAGCGACCGCCAUCCCGAAAUAUUGAGUCCCUGAGGCGUUUCGGGUUCUUCACCUACCUCCGAGAGAUGUUUGACGCCCCCGAUGAGGUCAUGAGUUACCUCUGUCACCAGUACAGGGUGCAUGACGUGCCAGUGGGCAACGAGCGAACCAAAUCCAUGAUUAAAACGGUGAUUGAGGAGCCCUACCUCAAGGUGCUGUACACGACAGAGGAGAGGUACACUGUCAAAAGGUCCUUUUACUCAAACAAGAUAAGCACCAGCAACUCUGCAGUGCACCCGUCCCAGUACCUCACCAUCACUGUGGAUGCUGAGGAGAAACGGCAGCUGGAGCAGCAGAUGAAGUCCUGUGAGUCAAAGCUGCGAGACAUCGACGAGCGGAUGAAGGCCUUGCAGAAGGAAGCCGUCGCACUGGACCGCCGUGACAAUGAGCUGUUGGCAGAGAAGAAGGGUCUCUCUGAACUAAAGGGGAAAAAACGACAACUGGAGCAGAAAAUUAGUACCAAACAGGACAGUCUGAAGCAGAUGGAGCAGAAUAUUAUUGACCUGACAAAGAUUGAGGAGGAGACUAAACAGAAAAUUGCAGCUGUAAAUGCUGAGAAAGUGACCGUAGUGACUGCAUUCAUGGCCCAAAUGAAGCUGAGGGCCAAGCUGACGAUGGAGAAGGUGCAUCUGGCGUUGGAGACGGUGGGGCUGACGGCAGAGAAGAACAAACUGGAGAAUGACUGCAGAGAAGGUGCCUCUGAGCUGAGGACCACCGAUCAAAAAUGCAGCCGUCUGGAGCAGAGAAAGUUGCAGCUGACAGACCAAUGCAAAGGGCUGUUGAAGAGAGCAAAGGCGAUGUGUAAGAUGCAGCCUGAUCAGUCGUUACCCGAAGACCUGCGUAAUGUUGUCGAUGAGUACAACAGGAGAGAGCAGGAGAUUAAACAAAUGGAGAAAGAGCUGGAAGAGAAGAGCAACGCGCUGAACGCCUACCGACAGAACAUAUCUGAGGCUAAGGAACGCUGGCUUAAUCCUCUGAAACAUCUGGUUGAACAGAUAAACGAGAAGUUCAGUGCUUUCUUUCGCUCCAUGCAAUGUGCAGGAGAAGUCGAUCUGCAUUCAGAGAAUGAGGAGGAGUACGACAAGUACGGGAUCCGCAUCCGGGUGAAAUUUCACGCCACCACCCAGCUCCACGAGCUGACGCCUUACCAUCAGAGUGGAGGAGAGCGCAGCGUCUCCACCAUGCUUUACCUCAUGGCCUUGCAGGAGCUCAACCGCUGUCCCUUCAGAGUGGUGGAUGAGAUCAAUCAGGGAAUGGAUCCUGUAAAUGAAAGAAGAGUCUUUGACAUCGUGGUCCGCACAGCCUGCAAAGAAACAACGUCCCAGUACUUCUUCAUAACACCUAAAGUAAGUGUUCUAUGUUCAUGCAGACUGCCUGACUGGAAGUCCCAGUGGUACCAAGGAGCUGUUUAUGUGCCACUUUAUGCCAAAUAGUCAGACUGUUUGGAC